AUGGUCCUAUCCUACAUGAAGAAACGUGAGAUGGUGCAGAUUGUGUCCAAGUCGAAGGGGGGCGGGGGCGCCCUUUACGACGAGCCAAAAUCUCUGCCGAAACUCGUACAUUCCAAGGGACUUGCUGAAACACGGUUUUACGAAGUGUUUCCAAGUGAAACAGCCGAGAAGUUGGGCUGUUUUAAGGAAAACAAAAGAGACCGCCACUUCAAACUAAGCCCGGGACACUAUGACCCCCAAUCCCUUACCCCUGAGACAUGUUCGAGUGUGUGCGGAGCCUACAUGGCCCCCUACGCUGGGAUGACUGACGGACGGUUCUGCUUCUGUGGGUCCACUAAACCAGAACAGACCUACAAGGCACCGGACGGGGAUUGUACCAGCACCUGCUCAGGUGACGGCAAGAAGAAAUGCGGGAGCCCUGAUCACAUUUCAGUGUAUCACACCUUUCAGCCUAUCAAAAAGGUUGAGCUGAAAGUCACUGGGAAAUCCAUUGUAGCAACGGGUGAUCCGGUGACAUUUGGUGUUAACGCGGAGGCAGGAUACAACAUCUUCUACCAGAUGAACUACGGGGAUGGCACGGAGGGCAUGGACAGAAACGCUACAGGGAUGUUCACCAAAACGUACCACAUUCCUGGCAAACAUGUUGCCAAGGUCACAGCGUCAGAUGAUAGUGGUUCUGUGAAGAAAACUGGCGUUGCGGGAGUAACUGUACAGGCCCCAGUGAACAACGUAACCGUCGUCUGUCCCGACUUCAACAGCUACGAGACGCAGGAGUGUACGGUAACCAUCACCCAUGGCACAAACCUCCUCCUCCACGACAAAGUCGACAACAAAGACAGGACUAUUAAAAUAGCAGAUCCUGUUAUCGGCGUUGCUGGCUGUUGCGUUCCCUAUACGGCGAAAGCACAACCAGAGAGCUUGUCAGGAGAUGAUAAUGCCAUCUUCAUCAUGCCUGCUGCAGAGUUCAGAUUUCAUGGAGUUGUUACACACUGGGAGUUGUGGGCGGACACAGCAGGCAAACUGACAGUCAUGGUUCUGAAGCCUGAUUGUGAUGACUACUGCUAUGAGACAAACACAUGUGGAGGGCAAUGUAAAGGAACCACAUGUUCCUCAGAUACAGGUUACUGUCAUCAAGCUGGAACCUGCUCCAAAGAUUGUAAAGAAACAGACCGGUACCCAUCAGACACCCCCUUAGUUGACUAUGUAGAACGUCAAUCCGUUGAGCUGACAGUUUCCAAGGGCCAUCAAGUUGUAGAAUGUCCAUAUAUGGAUAUUUUCCCUGGCGAUAUCAUCGCCUAUAAAAAAUCAACAGGGUCUGCCACCAUUACAGUGUCAAAAAAAGAGACAACAGGUGAUCGCAAAUACGAUGGGACAGAGAAAAAGUUUACUAAGAACUCCGGAAAUCCAGUUUCCAAGACCCGUCACCACCUGAGGGCCAUCUACUCCAGUCAGACAAAAGUUUCUCUGGACUAUAAAUUCCAAGUAGCUAAGAAAUACACCUUGAGUGUAAACGUCAGUAAUGUUGACAUUGAAGGCUCUGAAACUGCUACGACAGAGAUCGACGUUCAGGAGGGCAUCAAUGCUACCAUCCUUGCUGGCCCCAAAUACCUUGCCGUCAACACAGAUGGCAUCUUUACCAUCCUCCCUCAUACAGGUUCUUCCGUUAAACGAGACUGGGAUUUUGGAGACAAGAGUACAUUCAACGCCACAAACACUGACCAAUACAAACACACUUAUACCUCCAAGGGAGUGUACAAGAUAAAAAUCAGGUGCUGGAAUUCGCGGAAUACCAAAGAGAACGCUUCCAUUGUGACUGUGGAAGAGGUAAUAGUUGGCAUCAGUGUUAAAUACGCUCCAUGUAUAACGUUGUCUAACUGCAGCUUUGAAGUGACCGUCACAGGAGGCUCCAACUAUGAAAUUACAUGGGACUUUGGUGACUUAACAAGCAACAUAACUACGGAAGCAGAGUACUUAGAAAGCCAUGUGGUGAACCAUGUGUAUAACAUGGGCGAUAAUCUGUCUGUCACUGCCAACUGUUCCAAUCACGUCAGUUCCAAGUCUUUCACAUUCUUCCUACCUGUGCAGGAGGUGUGCGCUGGGUUGUCUCUUAUUAGAACAGGUGCAGAAAAGGACGUACCUUUUACAAUUGCAUGGACACUAGAUCAUGGUUCCGACUGUAAGUUUGACCUCACAUUCCGUGGGCAGCCGAUUGCAAUUGAGAAAGCUAACGCGACCACUAAGAGAUGGGAAAGUGCAAGGCAGAAUGGUCUGCCUGCUAACAUAUAUCCGCUGAUCCUCAAAGUACACAAUGCAAUUGGUCAUGAUGAGAAGCAUGUCAAUUUUACUGUUGAAACUGCUAUGAAAGGAAUGAAAUCCAACUGUAGUGCUCCUUUGAUUAGCACUGGCGAAGAAGCAUCAUGUUUUGUGACUAUCGAAGAGGGAUCAAAUGUGCGGUGCGUUUGGGACUUUGAUGAUGGAACAGUCGAACAUUUCAACCAAGGCCCACAGGAUUGGGCAUUGCGAGCCAACACCCCAGAGGUCCGUAAACACGUAUUUACAAAGGGCAAGAAUUACAAUGUCACGAUUACCUGUUCCAACAAUGACAGAAGCGAACCUCAAUACCACUCAAUUCUCGUCAUGCAUGGUGUCAAUGAUGUCGAGUUCGAGCAUGAGAACGCCGUACUCUUCGCUAGACCUGGAAUAGGCAUAUUUACCUUUAAAGCACCAGGUGCUGAUCCUAAUGAUGCAAAAGUUCAAUUUUCCUUUGGUGACAAUCAAUUUGACACAAAAGAACUAAAAAUGAACUUUAACUACACCCACCGUUACCGUGAUGCAGGAUGCUACAGGCUUUAUGUCAGAAUCUGGAAUAUUGUCGGGGUAAAGAUAUUUAACAACAGCCAAAUUUGUGUCAUUGAGAAGAUUGUCGGCCUGAAGGUUCUCACCGAACCUGUUGCUGCUAUCAUCAACCAACCUCUUGUUGCCAAGGUGAUCAUGGAGUUUGGACCUGCUGGAAGCCUUACAAACAUAACCUGCAACUAUGGAGACGGAGAAGGGAGCAAAUCAUUCCUAAGACAAGGCAAACAGAUAGAUGGCGAGGAUGUCAGGUCCAUUACCUACAAGGAACUGGGGGAGAAGACUAUCACUUGUGACAUUAUAACGCCCCUCGAAACUCUGACUGCUUCCUAUAAAGUCAAGGUGGACCAGGAAGUGUCUACGAAUAACUGUCACAUCACCACCAAUUACCCUGUGGAACACGGAAAGAAGAUCGUCUACUCUGUGGUGUGUGACAAGGACCCUAUGCCUACCAACUCGUACAUCACGAUUGAUCACGGUGAUGGCACCUCUGAAAAGAUCUCGUUCACUGGAACAGCGGGUGUUCCACAGACUAUUUCCUACCUGCCCCCGAAGGACGGACAUUUUAUAGCCAAAAUAUCAUUGGGCAACGGGGGGUCUUCGAUGAAUGUUUCUCUUCCGGCUGGCAGCUACAAGCGCCUGGUGGGCAACCCUGGAUUCAAGUGUCAGUACAAACAAGCCGUUCCAGUCAAUAGUGGCUACAAAGACGGUAUUGAAGGCAUUAACAAGAACUUUCCCACAUCCUCACCUCUCACAUGCCGUGUACAGGUAGAUGAAGGAACACCUGUUUACUACGAGAUGACGGCCACACACGAGUCAGGAACACCCGUGGUGGUGUGUAACCAGACAUCAUCUCCUAUCAUCUGUUCGAUCAAGAAGUCCGGGCUUUAUACUGCAACUCUUAAAGUGGGGAACCCUCUUGGAGCCGUCUCUGCAGAUCCAAAGGAUCUGCAAAUGAAGGAGCCUGUGCAAGGCAUCCAUGUGGUCGAUCUCACACCCAAGGCCAAGCCUGACGAAGAAAAAACUUUCAGGAUAUCUUUUGAUUCCAUGGGUGAUGAGACCUGUAUAAACAUCGAUUUUGGGGAUGAUGAAGGAGAAACGUACAACUAUGGUACGGAAGACUGGUGCGAGAGAGAGUCAUCAUUCGAUGAUGGAGAGUUCAUGGAUGAGAUGACAAAUCCAAUGGAGGUAACCAGAACAUACUACGAGAACCAGAACUAUGAACUGAAAGCAACAGCAGUUAACCUGUUUUCGGAUGCAAGGGUUACAUUCUCGUUCUCGGUCAGUGAUCAAGACUGUAACAAACCUGAAGUUGACAUUGAGGAUGCUGUCACCGUAUUUACUAGUCCUAUGGUGUUCGAGAAGAGCAAAGGUAUAGUAAUAAGAGGUAAAGCCAAUAUCACAUGCGCAGCGAGUUUGCAAAACACAAAAUCCUGGAAAAUCGAGGUAAUUGACCCAGACUGGGGAUCAGUAAAGAAGACAUUGGAUUUGCAAUCUGACAAGGCUGAGUUUGUGGUUAAAGCAAAAUCUCUUCCCUAUGGCCUCUACAAGGCAACAUACAGCAUCCAGAUGGACCUGUCAGAUGGGACUAAUUUUGUUGAAUCUGCAUGUUCAUAUUUCAAGGUCACAAAGUCGAAAUUAGUUGUAGUCAUGGAAGCAGGUGGAAUAAGUGAAGUUGAUCGAGGUGAAAACCGGAUGGUGACCUUAAGCCCAGAAAAGUAUUCAUAUGAUCCAGAUAUCGACAGGUCUGUAGACCAGGGCUUCGAGAGUUACACAUGGAAUUGUAAGUUGAUGAAGAAAGUGUCCUCCAAGUCGGCGUGCGAGUCCUUGUCCAAAAUGACCACUGGCUCCAUCUCCUUCAAUAGCAGCAUCUUCGAGUCCGGGGAACAGAUCCAGCUAACAUGCAACGUCACGAAAGACUCUCGCUCUGCCGUCGGAAAGAUCAUGAUCAACUUCAUUACGGGCCAACCACCUAACCUUUAUAUCGAGCCUGUCGGCAGCAGUAGAACGGUUCAGUUGACCGACUCUAAGAUGGUGUCCUCUGAGGAGAGGUUGGCCCUGAGGGUUCGCUGCAAGGACUGUGAGAAGGUCAAGCUGUCCUGCGAGUGGACGGCCUAUUCGUAUGUUGUUGGCUGGCCUUGGAGAGACUACUCCGACAACGAAGUGGCUGGUAGAAUUACUGGUAUGAAAACAGAGACGAUUUCAAUCAAACCAUCCAUGUACAAACUCCACCCCGAUGUGAAGAAGUACCGCUUCUCCUGCAAGUGCCGACAGGGUGAUGGAGACUAUGGCAAGGCUUCCCUCAACAUUGACCUGAACCCUCCUCCCCAGCCCGGCAGCUGUGUCAUAUCUCCAAAGAACGGCACCAUUGGCUUCGACAACAAAAGCCCCUUCAACGUUAAAUGUAGCGGAUGGAAGGAUGAGACAGAGAUUGUGGAAUAUAAGUUUUUCUGCACUCACAAGAACAGCAAACUGCACCAACAAAUUACCACCUUCGAAGAGGCCGAGGACGUCACGAUUGACCCGCCACUCGGUGCUGAUGAUGAUCAGUACCGCGAACACGUCUACGUGUCUGUCAAGGACUCCAUGGAUGCAGCCUACGUCUACGACCUCGGAAUCAUACAAGUGUUCCCCAACACCGCUAACAUGGGAGAUUGGUCAGCUCAACAGAAGAACAACGCCUUGAACGAGAUCGAAAAGGUUACUGCUUCUGGAGAUCAGAAAUCAGUCACGGAGAAACUCACCAAGCUGGCCUCCCUUCUCAACGCUGACAAGGCACACAAUAAACCAGGGGCUCCGGGUCUGGCAUUGACAGAGUUCCAGCCCAUGGGCGGGGUGGGUGUUGACAUCAGUGGUGUUGCUGGACCAUCAAACAUGGGCAUGGUCAAUUUUGGAAACGCUGGGGCGGGUGCCCCAGGGAUGGGCAAUUUUGGAGCCGGUGGGGCGGGUGCUCCAGGGAUGGGCAAUUUUGGAGCCGGUGGGGCAGGUGCUCCAGGGAUGGGCAAUUUUGGGGCUGGUGGAGCGGGUGCUCCAGGGAUGGGCAAUUUCCAGCCUGGUGGGGCCGGGGCACCCGGAUUACCAGGAUUUCAAAUGGCUGGCGCUGGGCCACCAGGAUUACCAGGAUUUCAAAUGGCUGGCGCUGGGGCACCAGGACUACCAGGACUACCGGGAUCUCCAACUGGUGGUGCGGCUGGGUUACCUGGCAUGGGCAGUUUUGGAGCUGGUGGUGCAGGGGCUCCUGGGAUGGGCAAUUUUGGAGCCGGUGGGGCGGGUGCUCCAGGGAUGGGCAAUUUUGGAGCCGGUGGGGCAGGUGCUCCAGGGAUGGGCAAUUUUGGAGCUGGUGGAGCGGGUGCUCCAGGGAUGGGCAAUUUCCAGCCUGGUGGGGCCGGGGCACCCGGAUUACCAGGAUUUCAAAUGGCUGGCGCUGGGCCUCCAGGAUUACCAGGAUUUCAAAUGGCUGGCGCUGGGGCACCAGGACUACCAGGACUACCGGGAUCUCCAACUGGUGGCGCGGCUGGGUUACCUGGCAUGGGCAGUUUUGGAGCUGGUGGAGCCGGAGCUCCUGGAAUGGGCCAGUUUGGAGCAGGCGGGGCCGGCGCUCCUGGGAUGGGCCAGUUUGGAGCUGGCGGGGCCGGGGCUCCUGGGAUGGGCAAUUUCAAGCUUGGCGGGGCUGGGGCACCAGGACUACCAGGAUUUCAAAUGGCUGGCUCCGGAAUACCAGGGCUACCAGGUUUACCAGGUGUUGGUGGUGGUGAAGGAAGUGCACUUGGCAAUGGAAUGGUUCUUUCAGCUUUCAAGACUGCGUCCGGCGUCGGAGGCCUAGAUUUUGUAGGAUCUCCAGCAGAGCGUGAAGCACUCAUCCACAAGGCUGAAGAGGAACGGGAUAACAAGGCCAAGCUCCGAGACACUAUAGCAGGCGCAUGCGCCAACAUGACCACGCCAGACCCCACCGCCAUGGAGCAGGUCCUCACCUGUCUACAUACCAACGCCAAGGAGUCCGCAGAAUGCACCAAGUUCUGUCAGAAAGCAACAAUGAUGAAAACACUGGAGAUAACAAAGGAACUGUCACAUUUGAACACAUCGUCUGAAAACACAAAGGCACUGGGCACGGCUCUGCUCAACGUUGCCCAAGAAGCUGCUGCGGCCGCCGUCGUGAACAUACAGUGGCCGGUUCUGAGUGACAAGCUCACCGCUAUGGAUACCUCGGCAUUCGAAGAUUACGAUACAGAUAUCGAGUCGAACCAGACAGGCGUGGCCUCCUCUAAGGAUCCGACUGGUCAACAUCUUCUCAACGCGCACAAAGCCAGCCAGGCCAAGAUUGCGGCUGAGGUCGCCGACAUGGCACUUCAGACCCAACAGCUCGCUGUUCAAACGCUGGGUCAGACUCUCACCCCCGGGGAGACGCUGGAGUACACCACCCCCGCUGCAUCUGGCAUCAUCGGUCAUCUGGACAGUGAAGACAUGAUGGCCGGGGUGGAGAUUCAGAUGCCCGGGACAACCACUUCCAUCUCCUUCCCUGAAGGCAACAUCUUUGGCGACAGUAUCGGUGUCAGCGACAGCGCCAUCCUGUCAGCGAUGACAACGAAGCUUGAUGUCAACACGUACGUGGACUCGGGAAUCAACUUGGGUGAAGGAACUCAGUUCCUUAACGUCGACUUGAUGGACGGGUUCGGCAACGCCAUAGAGGUCAAGGACACCCCGGAACCACUCAAGAUAACUAUUGCCCGAACCCCAAAAUAUCCAAAGAUGUCUUUCAAUGAGACCCAUCUGAAGAUUGCGGACUGGAACGAGUUGUACUACACCCAGCUGAACAUCACGAAAACGGCGUCCUCCAUACACCUGGAAAUAAAAGAACUGGAGGAAAAGGACGUCCAGAUCAUGGUUAUCUUGAGGAAGGGAGGUCUGCCCAAGAUCAGGGCUGACAAAUGUGACGACGUUGCGUUCAUCCCCAAAUCGCUGGACUACUCCAAGAAAGUGAAAGCGCGGAUGCGUUAUCUGAUGGACAACAACAAGGUGGACAACUACUUAGGCCCGGUGUGGUUCGGGUUCAGGCCUAUGCCCAAAGGCUUCGACUCCAGCAAAGUGGAGUCUUGUGCUGACCUAGACAAAGUGGAUGUCACCAACGACAAAAACUACACCCGCAUGAAUAUUGGUAUCUACACCUUCACCAGCGGCUGCUACUUCUUCGACCACGACUUGAAAGAUUGGGCGUCACAAGGUUGCACAGUUAGUGAGGGAACGAACUACACGCAGACAGUCUGUUACUGCAACCACUUGACGACAUUCGGCAGCGGUUGGGCUGUAGCCCCAAACAUCAUCGACUGGAACUUCGUCUUUUCCAACGCCGACUUCUUCAAGAACCCAACCGUCUACGUCACGGAGAUCGCCAUUGCCAUCUUCUACAUGCUCGCCAUCGUCUGGGCCAGACGCAAGGACCGGAAGGACGUAGAGGCGCUUGGCGUAACGCCGUUGAAGGACAACGAUCCAGGAGACACAUACUUUUACGAAAUUGUGACUGUUACAGGCAGUCGUAAAAACGCCGGAACUGAUUCUAAGGUAUUCAUCAUUCUGUCUGGUGACAACGACGAGACAGAUGCGCGCAUGCUCAGUGAUGACAGACGGAAAGUCUACACCCGAGGCGGCGUGGACUCCUUCCUCAUGGCGGUGCACUGCCCACUGGGAUCUCUCAACUACGUCCGUGUUUGGCAUGACAACUCCGGCAAAGGCAAGUUCGGGUCAUGGUACCUCAAGUACCUCAUUGUCAGAGAUGUGCAGACCGAGCAGAAGUUUACGUUCAUCUGUAACAGAUGGUUCGCUGUCGAGGAGGACGAUGGGCAGGUUGACCGUGUGGUCCCUGUGGCUGGACCUUCAGAGAUCGCGGAGUUCGGACACCUCUUAUCUGAGAAAGGUAUGAUGGACCUAGCCGAUGGUCACCUCUGGUUCUCUGUGGUCACCCGCCCCCCUCAGAGUCGCUUCACCCGUGUCCAGAGAGUGUCCUGCUGCCUGUGUCUCUUGGCUGCCACCAUGCUGGUCAACGCCAUGUUCUAUGAAAAACACGAAGACAAGGCUGGGAUAGACUACACAUUUGGACCGUUUGUUCUCAGUCCGAAACAGGUCUACGUCGGCCUGAUAGCCAACCUGGUCGUCUUCCCAAUCAACUUUGUCAUCGUCAUGCUGUUCAGGAAAUCUCGAGCCAGGAGACUGAGACCUUCCCGUGUUGAAGAAGCACUGAGAAAUGCCCCAAGCAGGUGCUCGACGUCACUUUCUGACGUCAAAGCCGAGGUUGGCAGUGAGUCUCUGAAGGGGGUGAAGUUGAGUCAGGUCCAGCCAUCAAGGCCUGGCAGUUCUUGUUCCAGUCUGAGAGAGAGAUCCCCUAGCAGCAUGUCCCAGGGAGGUCAUGGACGGAAGAAGAUUGAACUGCCCUGGUUCUGUCGCUAUCUUGCCUGGGUUCUGCUGUGGGCGGUCACAUUCGCCUCGGCAGCCAUAGUGACGUUCUACGGAAUCAGCUUCCGGGACGAGAAGGUCAAGAAAUGGGUUACCUCAAUGCUGGUGUCCUUCAUUACAUCUAUCUUCAUCACUGAACCUAUUAAAGUGUUUCUGACUGUCGUCAUCUUCUCCCUGAUCUGUAAGAAGCCUGGGGAUGAUGAGGACGACCGGCCCGAAGAUGAGGAGGGCUCCCGGAUGGAGUAUGACGAGGAGCUACUCCACAACCAGGUCCACGCCUACGGGGCUGCACGUCCUAAGAAGAUCGGGUACAAGCCGCCCGAUCCCACAGUGCUGCAGAAGGCGAGGAGACAGAGGCUGAAUGAGAUCAAGAUGUGGGACAUCAUCAGAGAGAUCGUUUUCUACUCCUUCUUCCUGUGGAUACUGAUGGUCGUCAGCUACCGGAACAGGAGCCCGGACAGCUUCUACUACAAAGACAGCCUGGAGAAGAUGAUCAUCAAGAACAAUGACACCCUGCAGUGGUUUUCAGAGAUCCACAACACUGAAGAGUUCUGGCUUUGGGCAAAGAGCGGUCUGGUGAGCAGUCUCCGUGCAGGCAACUACUACAACAAAGACCCUGCCCUGCUCCUGCGAGGCUUCAUCGGGGACAAGGUGUCCAGAAUCAUGGGGUAUGCCACCAUGCGACAGCUGAGGGUUAAAACAGGUCAGUGUAGUACGAUCAACGUGAUGUCCUCCGCCAUAGUACAGUGCAACGAAGACUACUCCAUGUUCAAUGAAGACAAAAAGGCGUAUGGUGCCCGAUGGAGUCCCUAUGACCUGAACACUCUAGCACGAAGAGAAUACACCUACACACCUGCAUCUGAGCUGAACGGGUACCCCUACUGGGGACUUCUCGGAGUCUAUGGUGGAGGGGGGUAUGUCGUAGAGCUAAGAGGUUCUAAGGACAAACUUGAUAAAGCCAUGACAACAUUAGAGAAAGAAAACUGGAUUGACAAAUACACGCGUGCAGUUUUUGUAGAGUUCACUGUCUAUAAUCCACAAGUGAACUUAUUUGCUAUAUCCACCAUCGUAGCCGAGUUCCCUUCAAGCGGAGGGGUACUGGCAUCAUAUCGAUUUGAACCAGCGAUGCUUCUUCCCUACAUGACAUCAGUGAUGUAUUUCCAGGUUGUAUGCGAGGUCAUAUAUUUCUGCUUUACCAUCGCGUUUAUCAUCAAGGAGGCUCGCAACUUCACCAAACAAAGAUCAAAGUACUUUAGGUCCUUCUGGAACUGGAUAGAGCUAUCCAUUAUAACCAUGUCUAUCGCAGCUAUCGUUGUGUAUUUCUAUCGCCUCUUUGUAACAAUCACACUGACAAGUGAGUUCAAGAAAAACCAUGGGCAUGAAUAUAUGAAAUUCCAGUAUGUUGGUUAUUGGAAUGAACUGUUUUCCUACAUGAUUGGCUGGUUAGUCUUCUUUGGGAGUCUCAAGUUCCUCAAACUGCUCCGCUUCAACAAACGUAUGUCCGUGCUCGGGUCAACCCUCGAGAGCUGUGCCCAGAGCAUCCUUCACUUCAGUUUGAUGUUCUGGGUGGUGUUCCUAGCCUUCAUGCAGCUGUUCUACCAGACCUUCAUGUCAACCAGUCUCAGCUUUUCCACCUUCAUCAAGGCAGCUGAGUCCGGAAUCCUGAUGAUGAUGGGUAAGAUCGACAUCUAUGAAAUGCUGAUGGUGGAGCCCAUCCUUACCAAGGUGUACGUCUUCUUCUUCGUCGUAACGGUCACCUUCAUCCUCGUCAACAUGUUCCUCUCCAUCCUCAACGACACCUUCGGCACCGUACGUGUCGACAUCAAGAAAAAGAACAACGACUACGAAAUAGUUGACUUCAUGGUGAACAGGUUCAAGAGAUGGGUUGGUGUUAAUACCCCACCAACUCCCACCUCCUCAUCCAGCAGCAGCAGCAGCAGCAGCACGAAAUUCCAAACUUGUCACACCGUUGAGGAAUUCCCAGACCGCAUCGACCGCCUGCUCAAAUCCAUCAACAACGUGUACUUGGAUGGCAACCUGGAGGCCAUGAUUGAGAGCAACGGCGAACCGAUGAAGAUGGCCAUGAAACAGAUGAAGGGGAAAGGAGAUGGCGACUUCAAAGAAGAUGGACCUACUACUGUACACACCCACUAGGACCUGAGUCCGAUAUCCGACUGAUAUGUCACGACGUUGAAACGUCAAGUUUCCAAAGGACAUUUUCCUGUAUUUCCUUCUGAUUGCUGCACUGUGCUAUCAUAUUGACCGUAGCUGCAUAACACAGCUCUAAUGGUACUUAACGUUACAUUUUCAGUUACAGUUUGUGAAACGUAAUCAUUUUAAUUGAAAAUUGUAGUGAAUUGUUCUUGUCAACGUUGUUUGAGAGCUUGUAUCGAAAUAACGUUGUGUCAAUUUCUUGCUCCUCUCACUGUAAGCCGAAACUAUAAACAAUGUGAGAAUUACUCAAAAUAAUACUGUUGCGUGUUGCCUCUAUGUAUUCCCGUAUUUGAUAAUACUUUAAGAACAGAUGCUUAAGGGGAGACAUGUAAAUCUUGUUCAGUUAUUGAAAUUCCAUGCACAACAGAACAAUAAACAAAACUCCCGUUGCAGUC